CGUUUGUUGCCGCCAACAACAAAAAGCCUUCUCCUGCAGCAGCUGCAGCAUCCUAUCAAUUAAACACAGAAGGUUUGGUUUAACUGCUAAAAAUGCCUUUUAAUCCAAAGAGACGAUGCCCCGAUUCCAUCGACGACUCGAUGAACGACUCGAUGAACGACUCGAUGGAGAAAAGGAUAAAGCGGAUUUCAGUCGAGGGGAACAUCGCGGCGGGCAAAUCUACGUUUGUGCGCCUUUUGGAGCAGGAGAGCGCGGACUGGGAAGUGGUGCCAGAGCCAAUCGCCAGAUGGUGCAAUGUCCAAACAAAAGGCAGUGACUUUGAGGAGCUGACCGCUUCUCAGAGGAGUGGAGGGAACGUGCUGCAGAUGAUGUAUGAGAAACCGGAGAGGUGGGCCUACACUUUCCAGAGCUACGCCUGUAUCAGCAGGGUGCGGGCCCAGAUCAGGUCAGCCAACGGGAAGCUGCAAGAAGCUGAGAAUCCCGUUCAGUUCUUUGAGCGCUCCAUCUACAGUGACAGGUACAUCUUUGCAUCCAACCUCUAUGAGAGCGGGUGCCUGAAUGACACUGAAUGGUCUGUAUACCAGGACUGGCACGGCUGGCUGCACAGCCAGUUUGGCAAGCACAUCGAGCUGGAUGGUAUCAUCUACCUCAGAGCAUCACCUGAGAAAUGUUUAGAGAGAUUGCACCUGAGGGGCAGGGAAGAAGAGCAAGACAUCCCUCUGGAGUAUCUAGAGAGGCUCCACUUUAAGCAUGAGAGCUGGCUGCAGCACAAGACCAUGACUCUGGAGUUUGAGUACCUCAGUGAUGUGCCAGUCCUGACCAUAGAUGUGAAUGAAGACUUUAAGGGAAAUAGUACCAAGAACACUGACAUGAUUGAGAAGGUGAAAGAGUUCUUGAGCACGUUGUAGAGAUGGAAAAUAUAGAUGGUGUCCACAGGAAGACGAAGUGGUGGACGCAGUAUCACUUUUAAAACAAUGAAAUGCCUCAACAGUGCCAAUUUUUUCCUCUUUUUUUAAUGUACGAUCAUUAAAAACGAUCAGGCGUGUUGCAUUUUAAAAAUAUUUUUAUUGCUGUUUUCUCGUGUAUGUUGUGUAUUUAUCAGUAUUCAUGUGUGCAGAUUAAAAUGGAUGUCCUCUUGUUUUUAACAAAUGAUAAUAAACUUGAAAUAAUUUUGA